GAAACUUAUCUUUUGUUUCUGUUGUGGUUUCAGUAGCUGUGGAUACUAUCAUACUAUGGCGUGCCACGAGAUUCAUUCAUGGACGUUCUGUGGGCUCGUUGGGGCUUUUUUGGAUCUUGGAUUGGCUUAUCUAUUGCUAUGUGGAUCGACCCUUGCUUUCUUUGCCUCGAAAUUUUUGGGUAUCUUCGGUUGGCACUUGCCGUGCCCCUGCAACGGACUUUUCGGUGAUCCUCAUGGCGGUAAGUGCUUGCAGAGACUACUCGUAGACUACCCAUCGCGGGAGAUCUCAUCUGUUCAAUUAUCUGUGAAGAGCAAGUUCCCAUUCGAUUCUAUCUGGAUAAAUGACAAACAGUGCCAGUUUAGGGUUAGAUUAUUGGGAGACACAGAACGCUGUGAUGGACCUCAGGAGAUGGAGGGAGAAGCUUCGUCCAGUUCCUUCUCCGAUGCCAGGAGAAGAAGAUCUCAGAACUUUGCUGUGAGAGAGCUGUCGCAUAAGAGUGAACUAGAUGGGUUUCGAUUGAUGAGUUCUGCUCCUUUACGCGACAGCCGCACCGAUGUUAAGGGGAAGGGAGUUGCGAGUCAGAAGCUGAGGUCCGGUUUACGUCGCCGGCGCAGAGCUGUUGCUGAACAUAAGAAAUCCUCAUCUGUCUCAUUCUCUGAUCCCCCACGGUUCAUCAAUCGAGAGGUCUCUCAUUCCCCUUACAGCAUGAGCGAAACUGGUCAUGAAAUUUCUGAAGAAGGCUCAGUGCCUAUGAGUUCCGCUAGGGUUGCCUUCCGAGAUGACAGGGAGGGGCGCACUGGUAGUCGACUGGGUGAAGGAAGCCUGCAUGGCUUUGAAGUGAAUGGAUCAUUUGGUGAGAGUAGGAUCAUGGAGAAGGAUGAACCAUCUGAUAAAGAAUUAAUUCGCAAUGUUCGAGAUGAGCUAAGGUUUGAUGGGGAUGAGAAACAUGUGAUUAGAGUCUUGGAACAAGCACUUGAAGAAGAGCAAGCUGCUCGUGCUGCUCUGUACCUUGAGUUGGAGAAGGAACGAAGUGCUGCUGCAACUGCUGCUGAUGAAGCCAUGGCCAUGAUACUGCGUGUUCAAAAGGAGAAGGCAUCGAUAGAGAUGGAAGCAAGGCAGUAUCUGAGAAUGAUUGAAGAGAAAUCUGCUUAUGAUGCAGAGGAAAUGGACAUUCUCAAAGAGAUUCUUGUGAGGAGAGAGAGGGAGAAGCACUUUCUGGAGAAGGAAGUGGAAACUUAUAGGCAGCUGAUUCUGCUUAACAAUGAGCAUAUGAAAGGUAAUGUGAAUGAUACGGUGGAAAUAUCAGCACCAAGGUCUACUUUUUCAUUGGAUUCGAAUCAGGAUCCAGUACGGAUGCUGCAGCAGAUUAGUGAAUCUAUUGACAAAAGGGAAAUAGAGAAAAAUGUUAAAACAUCAACCAGUUAUGAGACACACACUGUUGAGGGACCAAGUUCCUUUCAUGCUUUUGUGAAAGAACUACCAUCUUCAGACUGGGAUAAGGAUGCCAACUUCAUGGAAAAUGUGGAUAGCCAAAGGAAAGUGAGUCCCAAAAAAAUUAAUCCACAUGUGUCAGGAUCCUUUGAUGAUUGUAACCAAGAGAUUCAGGAGAAGGGAAUGGUAUCCAUGGAUGAGGAACCAUCUGUUACUCAAGGAGAAGGGCAGAUAUUAGAGACAGUGUUCAGGUUAUAUAAGUUAAACAGCCCUCCAAAACAUGGCUUUCUUGAGAAAACUAUCAUUUCAAGUAAUGAAGGACAUGUUCAAAAGGAUAAUGCUAGACAAUGCCAAGGUGUUGAAAUGGAGGCAGACCCAAAUGUUAGUGGGACUGAAAUCAAUUUUCCAUGUGAUGGUGAAGAUUUGGAAAAGCAUGGAAGAAAUGCAGAUCGAGGAGGAAGUGCUCAACAUAUUUCUAAGGUUGAGACUGAACCAUGUCUUUGUGAUGUUCAUGUGAUUGAUGACAGAUCUAAGUUGUUUAAGGAGGAAGCUAGAGAAGAAAAUCAUGCAGGAUUGACAGACUCAGAUUCAAACAGGUCUAGGAUACAUGGUCUUCCAUUUGACCCCUCUGGUAUCAGUAGGAUUAAUGCUUCAACUGAUCAACCGAGUACAAGCAGGGCAGCAACUGAACGAGACAUUCAUAGAAGCUUCUCUGACUUGACUGCUGAGAUGCCACCAAUCAGUAACAUACAUGGCAAAUCUUUUCCCUUUGACUUGCGGAGGAAUUCCAUGUCUGCAGUUGAUAAUGAAAGACUGAAACUUGACACUGAAGUUGGGUGGCUAAGAGAAAAGUUGAGGAUUGUGCAAGAGGAAAGAGAGAAUCUGAGUUUUCCUAUGGAGCACAGAGAAAGGGAGAAAAUACAGUUGCAACUCUUAGAGGAUAUAGCAAAACAACUUAAAGAGAUUCGGCAGCUGACUGAACCUGGGAAAACUGUUAGGCAGGCUUCUUUACCCCCAACAUCUUCAAAGGUUUGCUCAAAGAAACGCCGAUGUCGAAGUGUUUCCUUGGGACUCCAUGAUAGCACCUGAAACAGAUCUGGAAUCUUUUGAGUCAGUGCACCGGAUAUGGCCAGUUUAUUCGUGAAAACCUUGUCAUGAUAGUAACAUAAGGUGAAAACCGUAAUACUUGAAAAUAUUGUCCACCUCUCAAUAUGGUUGAUGGUUAUGGUCAAUCCAUUUCUGCCUUUCAUUUUCCGAUGAAUGUCAUGAUCUAAGCCUUCUAAGCUUG